CUGCCAGAAAAAAUAAACGUUUCGCUUCGUUUGUCUGGUGGUGUUUCUGGCAAAAAAUACACAUCCAAAACAUAGAAAAUUAAAUUAUUAAAUUAAACAAUUUAUUUGUAUAAAUAAUACUACCGCCGUAAUAUUGUCGCAGGCAUAAUGAAGAAAGUGUUGAUGGUGGCGGAGAAGCCAUCUUUGGCAGCAUCGUUGGCGCAAAUCUUGUCGAAUGGAAAGAGUCAUGCGAAAAAAGGCACCUCCAAUUCAUGUUCCACACAUGAAUGGAAUGGUGAUUUUAAGGGUUCGCCGGCCCUGUUUCGCAUGACAUCGGUGUGUGGCCAUGUAAUGUCAUUGGAUUUUGUUGGCAAAUACAACUCAUGGGACCGGGUCGACCCGGCAGAAUUGUUUGGUUGUCCGACGGAGAAAAAGGAGGCCAAUCCGAAACAGCAUAUGCCCAGCUUUUUGGCCAAUGAGGCCAGGGGUUGUGAUUACUUGGUGCUAUGGCUCGAUUGCGACAAGGAAGGCGAAAAUAUUUGCUACGAAGUCAUGGAGUGUGUAUCGCGUGUUAUAAACAAUGUUUAUAGCCGCAAUGUUACGUAUCGUGCUCAUUUUUCCGCCAUUACGGAAAAAGAUAUUAAGGGUGCCAUGAACUCAUUGGGUUAUCCCAAUGAGAAUGAGGCCAAGUCAGUGGAUGCCCGCCAGGAAUUGGAUUUACGUAUUGGUUGUGCCUUUACCAGAUUUCAAACGAAAUUCUUUCAGGGACGUUAUGGUGAUUUGGAUUCCUCGCUAAUCUCCUACGGUCCAUGUCAGACACCCACAUUGGGUUUUUGUGUUAAACGGCACGAUGAUAUACAAACCUUCAAACCGGAAAGUUUUUGGUAUUUACAGCUGACGGCGGGUCAACCGGAGUUUUCGUUUGAAUGGAAUCGUGGAAGGGUAUUCAAGAAGGACAUUGCCACAAUGCUGCUGAAUUUGGUAAAGAAUCAAAAGGAGGGGCUCAUUGAAAGCGUCUGCUCCAAGGAACAAAGCCGGGUACGUCCCCAGGCCUUGAACACCGUGGAACUUAUGAGAAUUUGUAGUUCAGGUUUGGGAAUUGGACCCUUUCAGGCCAUGCAAAUUGCUGAACGCCUUUACACCCAGGGUUAUAUCAGUUAUCCGCGUACCGAAACAAAUCAGUAUCCAGCCAAUUUCGACUUAAACGCCGUUCUUCACAUACUCAAACCCUCUUCGGAAUUUGGUACCGAGGCUCAUGCCAUAUUGGCUGACUUCAAUGCACCGCGCAAGGGCAAGGACUGCGGCGACCAUCCUCCCAUUACCCCCAUGAAAUUGGCCACACGCAACGAUUUCGAUCGUGACACCUGGCGUGUCUAUGAUUUUAUAUGUCGCCAUUUCUUGGGUACCAUUUCAAAGGAUCUGAAAUAUCGCGCCACAACCGUAAAACUGAAAGUUGCCACCGAAACAUUCACCUGCACUGCCAAUGUCUUGGUUGAUCCCGGUUUUACCAAAGUCAUGACAUGGCUGGCAUUUGGUCGUGAUGAGGCAGUACCCACAUUUAGCCAAGGUGAAAAGGUGACCAUAAACGAUGUACGCUUGGCCGAAAGUCAAACAAGUCCUCCCGAUUAUUUGACCGAGGCUGAAUUGAUUACGCUUAUGGAACAACAUGGCAUUGGUACGGAUGCCUCUAUACCGGUGCAUAUCAAUAAUAUAUGUCAAAGGAACUAUGUGACCAUAGAGAGUGGGCGUAAACUCAUACCCACCACACUGGGUAUUGUUCUGGUGCACGGUUAUCAAAAGAUCGAUCCUGAGCUGGUAUUGCCCACCAUGCGUUCGGAGGUGGAAAAAAUGUUAAAUCUGAUUUCAAAAGGCUCCGCGGACUUCCAUGCCGUACUCAAACAUGCCAUCGAAAUAUUCCGUUUGAAGUUUUUGUAUUUUGUUAAAAAUAUCUCCAAUAUGGAUAGCCUGUUCGAGGUCUCCUUUUCACCCCUGGCCGAAUCGGGGAAAUCCCAUUCACGUUGCGGCAAAUGUCGCCGCUACAUGAAAUACAUACAAUCUAAACCUGCCCGCCUUCAUUGUUCUCAGUGUGAUGAAACCUAUUCCCUGCCUAAUGGUGGUAAUGUCAAGGUUUAUCGUGAAUUCAAAUGCCCGUUGGACGAUUUUGAACUUUUGGCAUUUACCACCGGGGCCAAGGGGCGUUCAUAUCCCUUUUGCCCCUAUUGUUACAAUCAUCCUCCCUUCAGGGAUAUGCCAAAGAAUGCCGGCUGUAACUCGUGUACACAUCCCACCUGCCCGCAUUCGCAGAACACCUUGGGCAUAUCGGGCUGUGUGGAAUGUGAACAUGGAGUUUUGGUACUUGACUGUACGCUGGCGCCCAGUUGGAAGGUUGGUUGCAAUAGAUGUGAUGUCAUAAUUAAUUGCUUUAAGGGGGCCACCAAGAUUACGGUGGAAGAUGAAAAAUGCGAGGAAUGUGGCGCCCAAACCGUCAAUGUUGUGUAUAAAUCGGAUAAAACGAAAUUUAAAGACGGCUCGGAGGAAAAAUCUGGUUGUAUCUUCUGUUCAACGGAUUUCACCAAUCUGGUGGAGAAACAUCGUGCAGUGGCCUCACGUCCUGUAAAUAUACGCAGUGGCCGCGGUGGUACGCGUGGCGGUCGUGGUGGUAAACCUGGCCGUGGUGGUAGCGGUCGUGGUGGACGCGGUGGCUCAAGGCAACCCAAAGAUAAAAUGGCCCAACUGGAUGCAUAUUUUGUAUGAGAAGAAAAUAUGCCAGGGAAUAAUUUCUUAAUGCUAGGUUUUGUCAUUAAGUCAUACUUAUAAAGCAAAAUAUAGAUAUUAGUUUGUAUUACAAUGAAUGUUUUGUAAGUAACAAACCAAACCGCCCCCCUCCCCCCACAUACAUACUAUGUAUCUGUGUCAAUGCAUUUUUCACCCCACUCAAUAUCUAUUUAUUAAAGUAGUUUCUCUUUUUUUAUAUAAGACAUAGAACACAUAAGUAAAAUAUUGAUAUACAAAACCAAAA